AUGGGAAGGGCUGGAUGCGUGCAACAGACAAAAGAUGAAGAACCAGUGACCAAAUCCUGUCAGCAGAAAAAUAAAAAGCCAGAGGUAGCGAUUCUCGGUCCCGUCCGCUUCCCUUUCCCCGAGGCGUUACGACGCCACCACAGCCGGCAGAACGUAGCGGGGACGGCGACCAAUGAGGUAAGAGAGUUCUGCUUCCUCGGUGCGUUUCGGUUCCAGCCGUCAACCAAGGAAGCGAAGCAAGACUACAAUACCCAGGGUGCAGCGCGCCAGCCAGGGCGGAGCCGGAGUCCCAAGUCCAUGGAGGAAGUAAAUGCAAAGCUAAACAAACGCUCGGAACAUUGGAGUAGUAGUCUGAGUCCGAGUGCAGAACUACAUUUCCCAGCGAGCAUCGGGUCCGGGGGAGACCCUUUCUCUUGGCCUGGGCCUCCGGAGUCGCCUCCGCUGCGGGCGCUGCUUUUCAAAAUGUCCAACAAAGAAUCUUGUGGCGAAAAAGAGACGUCCGGCAGAAAAGGCACCACUGCAUCACUGAACUUUGAUGUCCAAGAUAAGACAGAGAAAAAAACUUCAAGUUCUACUAGUCCAGCUUGCUGUGUAAGGUCUGUUUCAUCAGAGAAGAGAAAACUGAAAUCAGAUCAUACAGACAUUCUGUACUGUGAUGUAAAAAGAAGACAAGAACUGAAAAGAUUGGACGUAGAAACCGAGCCUCCAGGAAGGAAACAAAAAAUCAGUUCUUCAUCCCAAGGCCCUGUUAAACUCCAAGAAGCAUCAUAUUCAAAUGCUAAUCAAAUUAUUUCACCGAGUCCUUCACACGGAACUAAAAAAGAUCUAAGGAGAUGUGUAGAUUUUAAAGAUACUAAAUUGACAAAUGUUAGGAAUAAGCCUGACCACGGAAUUAAAAACCUUAGUAAUCCUAAAAUGGCCAAAGAUGUAAAACCUAAAACUGAAGUCCAGGCAAGUGAAAAACAAUGGCCUCAUGUACUCGUUCAGAGGGAGAAGAUGAAAGAACUCAAGAAGGAAAGGCACAGGAAAUGUAGGGACAGUUCUGAAAAACGCAUUUCAGAGAAAUGCAAGAGAAUCCAUUUUUCUCAGGAUUAUAAUUCCAACAAGAUACUUAAGGAACCCCUUGAAUUUAGAAGAAGGAAGAUCAGUUUCAAAAUCCCAGUAAAAUCCCGUGAUACCUUCCAGAAGCUUGUAGAAGAAAAUGUCUUCAGUUUAGAGUCUAACAAGUCAAAGACUAAGCAGGAGAAGAAACGCCUGGAAGGCUCCCAAGUUUCAUUAAAUUUGACCAGGCACAAAAGUGAACAUUUAUUUUCAGAUUCCACAUGUAAGCAUGUUGUUCAUGAGUGGAAAGUAAAAAACCAUCCCGAGCAACAAGAAAGUGAUUCAAGUUCCAGGGAAAAUGUAAUCCAGAGAUUUGAAGCUCCAUGUUCUUCAGCGUCGCUUGAAAGUAUUCAAGACACAGAUGAAGAGAUGCAGAUAGUAGAAGAGCUCCAUGCUGCACGUGCGGGAAAAAGUGUGGAUUUGCCUGUGGUUUUCUCUUCCGGAGAGUUAACGAGCAUGGAGAUCGACUUGGUGGAAGAUGAUGUACAUUCCUCUGCUGCAAAUACUGCUUCAGAUAAAAAGCUUCUAAUUGUUAUUGACACAAAUAUUCUGAUGAAUCACCUCAAUUUUGUUAGAAUUUUGAAGACAACAGAAAUUCCAGGCUUUGACAAACUCGCGUUAAUAAUUCCCUGGGUGGUUAUCCAAGAGCUGGAUCGUAUGAAGGCAGGAAAACUGCUAAAACACGUCCAGCACAAAGCUGUGCCUGCAGUUCAUUUCAUCAAUGACAGUCUCAAAAAUCAAGAUAGAAAGCUAUGGGGUCAGUCACUACAGCUUGCGUCGCAAAAACUUUAUGGACUGAGUGACGAGAACAAUGACGAUCGAGUAUUAAAAUGCUGUCUUCAGUACCAGGAAUUAGUCCCUUGUUCUGUUGUUAUUCUGUGCACGGAUGAUAGAAAUUUAAGAAACAAAGGCCUAAUAAGUGGUGUGAAGUCACUCAGUAAAGAAGAAUUGAGUGCAGAGUUAUUAAACUUAUCUCUGAACACAGAUGUAUGUCAUCAGCCUUGUCUAUCUAAACAACAAUUGAAAGCAGAAGCAACACUGUUAGAAGAGAGCUAUAAGGAAGAAACUCCACAUUCUGGACGACCCAUUAUACUUGAAAGCAUUAUAUCUGAUCUUGAGAAAUCUCUUGGAACAGCUUUAUCUUCAAUAUUAGAAACAGAAAUGAAAAUUGCUUUUGGAAACCUUUGGAUGGAGAUGCUGUACUUGAAACCACCAUGGACUCUAAUUCAUUUAUUACAGUGCUUUAGAAAACAUUGGUUGGCUGUAUUUGGAUUAGUUAUGGAGAAGAACUUGCUUUUAACCAUUGAGAGCCUAUAUAAAAAUCUCUGUAAAGCUAACAAUGCGGUGGAUUUUACAACAUUGAAAUUUCUGCUUCAGGAUUCUAAAAGUUUGCUACACGCUUUCAGUACACGGUCAGAUUAUGAUGGUAUUCUUCCACGGGCCUUUGCUCAAGUCAACGAACUACUCCAGACCUUUGCAGAGGUCAAGGCAAAACUUAAGCAAAAUCCUUCAGAAACUACAGUGGGUAAAAAGCAAGAAGAUACUUCUUUGAUGAAGUCUAAUAAUCAAGAAAUCACCAUUUUCUCAGGUUCUCAUCUUCUGCAACCCAACAGGCAUCAAGAAAUCUGGUCUAUCCUAGAGAAUGUUUGGAUUACAUUAUAUCAGAACAGCAUGGAUGUAUUUCAAAGAUUGGGCUCAAAUGCAGCUUUGACUUCUUCAAAAAUAGCAUCAUUUGAAGAAGCAUAUGUAUCUCUUCAAAAGUUAAUGGCAGCUGUGAAAGAUAUUCUUGAAGGAAUUCAGAGGAUUUUGGCCCCUAACAGUAAUUAUCAAGAUGUUGAGCCCCUCUAUAACUUCCUAAUCAAGUAUGAGGUAAAUAGAAAUGUCCCAUUCACUGCCCAGGAACUUUAUGAUUGUGUUUCACAGUCUGAGUAUCGGGAAAAGUUAACCAUUGGAUGCCACCAGCUGGUUGAGAUGGAAUGUUCCAUGCAGCAGUGCAGUGCCUCUGUCUAUAUGGAGGCCCAAAGCAGGGGAUGGUGUGAAGACACGCUCAACUAUAGGACCUAAAUGCUGAUCUGUAACUUCAAAGGAAUUGCAUUUGUCUUCAAGAACAAGAGUAGCCUUCAGCUUUUUGAGUCAAACCCAAGAGACUUGAAAAAAAUGUCUCAUUGGUGCAAGAAGGUGGUUGCCUAUUGCUGAAAAUCUCGUUGCGGUUCUAAAAAGCCUAAAUGCAUCCAUUGUGAGAUAAACCAUGGACUCAACUCAUUGGAGUUAUCAGUACUUCCCUACCUCUACUCCUGACACUGAGCCAGUCUGUCUGAAGGAAAGGAGAGCCAUCUUUUUAAUCAUCUUAGGGCAGGAGCCACUUUGGCAUCUGUGGACGGCCAGGGGACAGGGGAUUCCCAUCUCUCUCAACCCUAAGCAUGGGUCCAUGACCAGAGGCAUUUCCAAACCUCAAGAAAGAAUUAGGACACGGCCAUGCUCACCCUGCCACACAAUGAAAUCUUACCCUGGGCUGUUUUAUGAACAAAUUGUCUUCCCUAUAGACCAAAUGAACGUAACACAUGUCCCUUCCACUUCCGCUAAGGUAAUGUAAGUAGAAUUUUUACUUCAGCUUGUACUUGCUAUAUAGUUUCUUCUCUUCUUCCCUGGGUUUGUCACUUUUCAGUGCAUUUCUAAUGGGAAGAACAGGGGAGACCUCUUUACUGAUUUUUCCCUUAAAUGUGAAGGAGCAUGGAUUUAUGGGAGUAGGUGGCAGGGAAUUCAUAUUUGCCUCUAGCUAAACCAAGUGUUUAAUUGACUUCUUAGUUAUAGAGUAAGCUGGAAAUCCUUGUGUACUAGAGUAUAUUAUGCUUUUGUUAAUACAUUAGAUUAAAUCUAAUUUGCUAUUCUAUGAUGUUAAUUUAUUUUUUACAAAACAAUAAAUUUUAUUUUUA